AAUUUGAAUAAUUAGCUGUUAGAGACAUUCUUUUUAAUUUUGUAAUACAUAAAUCUAAUGGUGAUGUUAGUAACGUAUAUCUUACAAGGGCAUGUCAUUAAUAUCAGUUACGAUUGAAGAAUUCAAAUUUAAAUAAUUAUUGUUCUAAGUUUCCAAUACUAUGUGUUCAUUCGUAAAUAAAGUGUAAAAAUAGUUACUAGUAGACAGUGAGUAAUUUAUCAUGGUAAAUACUAUAACAGACUAAAGUAAUAGCUCCAGAUGCAAUAAUGGCUUCAAAUUUAAGCGAAAAUGCUAUAGUCUCGGGUUGGUUAGGCUAUUAUUGCUUAGCUUGCCAUGCUCAAUUCCCAGGUGAAGAUACUGCGAAAAAGCACAUUACUCAAAAUUCGCACAAGGAAAAGUUUAAUGAGACUUCAUAUGAGGUUGCCAAUCACUUUAUUCGAAAGAUAAACCAAUUGUACUUCUGUGAAUUAUGCAAUUUGGUUUUAAAAACAAAAAUGAAAGUCAAAUUGCAUAUAAAAGAUCAGAAACAUACUGCUGCUUAUAUUAAAAAAGCUCUUAAGCAAUUAGAAUCUGUUAUAACUUUUAAUGGAGUUGUCGUCAGUGAAGAAUCAUGGAAUGGAAUUUCUGACGGUACCUGCAUAAUUUGUAAUUGUGACUGUGAUGAUAAGAAUCAGCAUAUCCAUGAUCCAGUUCAUAUUAUUAAUUUAUAUCAAAGUAAUUUGAGUGUUCAGGAUACUGAAAAUGUUUUCCGAGUGAUUGAUGAAACAUCCUUUCAAUGCCUUAUAUGUAAUCAAGUAGUUAGUUUGGAAUCAAAAAGUCAACAUUUUGAAGAAAAAACUCAUAAUGCAAACAAAAGAUUAAAAGUAACUGGUACAAAACUGGAUAUAAAUAGUACUGUAAAAGAAUUAAAACCAAAACAAGUUAAGACUCUGAAUGUUGCUGAAAAGGAAGAUUUGAUAUGUAAAGCUCUUAAAGCACCACAAUACAUAGAGACUUGUGGAAAUUCUUACAUAUGUAUUCUGUGCGAAUGGGAAUUGCCGGAAAACAGCGUCUUAUCUCACAUGGGUGGUGCUCACCAUUGUAAUAUACUUAAACUGCACAGAGCGCGAAUUCAGAAAUUAAAAAAUCAACAAGAUAUAAACUCUGAAAAAGAUGAAUCAAAUUGCAAUGAUAUAAAUGAAAAUAAUAAAAUCCAACCAGAAAAUGAAACAUGCAAUGAUAAUUUUAAAAUAAUAAAAUCACUGUCUAGGUUUGAAAGUAAUGGAAUUAGAGUAAACCUUCAACAAGAUUAUGCAUUUUGUAAUACUUGCUGUGAUGAGAUUGACAUGAAUUUUAAUGUGAUUGAAAAACAUAUUUUUGAACAUAAAAGCCUUAAUGACUUGCAUAAGCAUUCUGUUUCGUCAAAGGGUACUAAAGUUCUUAUAAAAGAAGAGUGUGGUAGUUCUGGAUCUAAAAUGGAGAAUGAAGAAAAAAAUAUUAUCGAGCAUACCUCAACAAUCUUAGUUGGCUCUCAAGAUCAAUUUGUUCCUUCUGUGAUUACUAAAGAGUCAAACGGAGAUAAACUUCAAAAGGCCAACAACAUUGUUAGUGAAUUAUCUUGUACUAGUGCAGAAAAAGUCAAGAAGCCUAAAGAAGUGAACACUGAAUUAGAGGAUAACGCAAUAGAAAACGAUCUCCAAGUCAAUCAUGAAAAGGAAACACAUAUUGUAGAAUAUACAGCUUCUAAUAGCUCCCAAGAUUAUUCUGUUCCUUCAAAGGGUACUGACAAAUCUGAAUGUGUGGCUUCAAAAGUAAAUAUUGAAUUAGAAAAUAAAAAGGUAGUUAAUAAUUUUGAUAUCAAUCAUGGACUUGAACAUAUUAAUGUUCAUAAAGAAUUAAAUGGCUCCCAAAAUGAUUCCAAUUUCUUGAAGAGUACUGAAGAAGUUAAAAUUGAAUCUAAACUUAAUAUAGAAAUAGCAAAAUACGCAAAAGCAAACAACCUUCAGUUUGAUUCAAAGAAAAUGACAGUAUUUUGCAGGAUGUGCGAGAAUUCAGUGCCUCCGAAUUUGUAUAAUAUGAAGGAACAUAUAAAUGGAAGAUCUCACAAGAGCAAUAUUGAACAGUUCUCAAAGAUAGAUAAACUUCAACCUGAGACAACAAAAUGUGACACGCCUUUUAGUGUUGAACCAAAAGCAGAGAAGGUUUCGAAAGAGAACCGUAAAUUAGAUUCUGAAACCAAUACUGGAACUAAAAUUAGUAUUGCCAUGCAAAAUGGCUCGAAUGUUUCCCAAAUUAAUUCAGUUUCUUCAAAGACUAAUGAGAAAAGUAAUUGUAUAGCUCAAAAUGAUAAUAUUGAAUUAGAAAACAAAGCUAGCACAAAUAAUAUCAAAUCCAACCAGAAGGGAAAACAUAUAAUUGAACAAAAAGCAUCAAAUAGCUCUAAUAAUAAUUCCAAUGCUUCAAAGAGCACUGAAGAAGUUAAAAGUACAGAAAAAGUGAAAGGUAGAAAAGAAGAAUUGGAAAAUUACGCGCAAGCCAACAAUCUUGAAUUAAAUCCAAAAGAAGCGACAGCAUUUUGUACAAAGUGUGCUAAGCAUGUCCCUGCAACAGUGCAAAACUUGAAAGAUCAUAUAAAUGGAAAGAUUCAUCAAGGCUAUGUCAAACCAUCUUCACCAAUAACUAAACCUGAACUUGAGAAAUUAGAAAGGAUACUUACAAGAAAUUUAAUAAUACUUACUGAUUUUAUAAGUUAUGACAACUUCAAUGAUAUAGUGUUAAACGAGAAAAUAUGUUUGAGUAGGGCUAGUUUUGCCCUUACUAUCAAAACCAAAGAUAGCUAUAAUUUUCAGUGUAUCCGUUGCAGUGUCAAUUUGGGAAAAAUGGAUGUCACAUCCCAUGGUCUUAAGGGGGCACAUGGACUUGAAUUAUUUAAUGUGCCAGUUGUGACAAAUAUUGAAUCUGAAUUUAUUCGAGAGUAUCAACCUGGAAGUUUUCAUUGUGGCUUUUGUAAUGCAAUAUUCACCUCUUGGGAAGAUAUAAACUCUCAUAUAGAGACCAUUGACCAUAGAUUAGCGAAGAAAUCCGCUGAAUGGCGUCUCAGCGUGUACCUGCCACAGAUAAAAGCAAAUAAUACAAAGCGGGAUUGUUUUUACAUAAAUGAGUAAAUUUAUUGCUUGUAUUUUGUAUAGAAGCAGUCACUGUGAAUAUUGAUAAUCCGUAAUUCACCAGUGGGAGGCUCCUUUGGACAGGAUGCCGGCUAGAUUAUGGGUAACCACAACGGCGCCUAUUUCUGCCGUGAAGUAGUAAUGUGUAAACAUUACUUUGUUUCGGUCUGAAGGGUGCCGUAGCUAGUGAAAUUACUGGGCAAAUGAGACAUAACAUCUUAUGUCUCAAGGUGACGAUCGCAAUUGUAGUGCCGCUCAGAAAUUUUGGUCUUUUCAAGAAUCCUGAGCGGCACUGCAUUGUAAUGGGCAGGGCGUAUCAAUUAUCAUCAGAUGAACAUACUACUCGUCUCGUUUCCUAUUUUCACUGAAAAAAAAAAAUUAAAAACAUGAUUUUUGGUAUAAUACUUCAAUAUGAUGUUAAACGAAAAGACUUUACUUUAUUAAGUUACUUUAAAUACGAGAUUGUAAGUCCUAGUACGUAUUAGAAUAUAAUAUAAUGAUUAAGAUUUUAAAUAUUGCGUUGUAUGAGCCCCGAUUUUACCAUUGAGGUAGAAUGUGAUUAGAAUACUUUGAACUAAGCUAAUGCCUGUAAAAGUGUACAGAUUCAAUUCGGAUUUCACCAACACAAACUAACGCAGUUAUAGCCUAAACGCGUUUAAAUGUUGACCGCCGAAUUUUGGACGAUUAACAUUUGAUGGCGUGAGUUGUCACUGUCAUAAUAGAAAUAUUGACACAUUACAAUUUUGAUUUGGUUCGAACUUCUGUUCUGUUCUUAUUGUGGUUGGUGGAAGGGGCACCACAACCAGCCAAUGUCCAGUUUAGGUAGACUAUCAGCUUUGAGUAUGUAUUUGGUCAGUGCUAACAAAUUUACAAGUGUUUACGGUAAUUAUUGGUGCCGAGAUUGAACAGUUUUAUUCUCUUAUUAAACCUGAAACAAGUAUACAUGCUGUUAAAUUAUGAUGAACAAACACAGACAUUGUGUUAUUCAUAUCUUAAUAUUAUUUUGUUCAAUAUAUUUACAUAAAACGUUUACAAUGGGAAUAAAAACUAGGGGGAGGAGGAAUUUAAUGGAAGUGGGGUGGGGUAUUUCAGGAGGUUUAAAAUUGUACAAGGAAGAUUUCAUUAAAAGACAAUUUAAGAACAAAUGGUCUACAUUUCCUUCAUCUAGUCCACAGUCAUAAAUUAUAAGUUUGGCUAGAAAUACUGGUGUUCAAGAGUGGUUCGGCGUAAUCGGCAAAAUGUUGAUAUUAUUGUUAAGAGCUCUCACUGUCGUUAUCGUAACAGAAACAUUGACAUACAACUGUUUUGAUUUUGUUCACACUUAUCGAUGACAGUUUUGACGGGUAUUUGAUACAUUCCAUUAUUUAUGACUUUUAAACUCGGAUAACGUUAACAUGCUCAAAAGGUAUUCGUGAAAUCGCUUUGUGUUUAAUCGAGACCAAAACUGGCAUUUGAACUCGUUUACGUAAAACUAAGUUUUACUAAACUUAGUUUGAAGUGUCAUUGGUGAAAUCGAUGCUAAAAGUAAAUAGCUACAAACUCUAAGCGGGGAAUUUACUACACGGGACAGGCAAGGCGAUAAGGCUGAGGUCUAUAGAGCAUACUUUGCUCAGACUUUACUUACGUGAAACUUAGCUGAGUGUAAUAAAUCGCGAACUCGACUUUUGCAUUGGGUUGUAUUAGCUUAAGCUCGGGAUUCAGCUGUCAUAUUUGACAGCUGAAAUUAUCCUUAGAGUUAUUACUCUAAAAAUGAAAUCAAAGAUUUUUUUAUGGAAAAGGAGGACAAACGAGCGCACGGGUCACUUGGUGUUAAGUGAUCACCGCCGUCCACAUUCUCUUGCAACACCAGAGGAAUCACAGGAGCGUUGCCGGCCUUUAAGGAAGGUGUACGCGCUUUUUUUGAAGGUACCCAUGUCGUAUCGUCCCGGAAACGUUGGACACAAGUGGAAGAAAGAUUGUGUUAAGCUUACACUUGGCUAAGUUGUACGUCAGUAAAGUUUGAGCCAAGACUUAGUAUCUAUAGAUGUCAGCCUUAGAGCAUUCUCGGGAACGCAUCCCUUGACCCGGUGUUGCGGAGGUCCAUUGACUGGUUGCCUCACCACUCCCACCAAGUGAGCCUGUUCCGCGUUCUGUUUAUCUCUAAUUCUGCUCAACAUUCACUGUAUGAUCUUUAUUUUUUUGUAGUAUCUAAGUGCCUACGUGAUAUUGUUAAUGGUUUUAAACUCGUGUCCUGUUUAUUUUUAUUGUUUAAGUUAUUGGUUACUAUUAUUUUGUUCUUAUUAUUCAUUAAGUAUAAGUUUAGAGAUAAUAAAAAAAAAUUCAUAAAGAAAA